GAAUGUGUGGCAGUGCUGUUUUUUUUUACUACAGCAUCUACAUAAAAAACAUAAAAACUUCACUGAAUGAGAUCAACAUAUUGUUUUUAAUAACUGUGACAUUGUUUCAUGUUCAUAAUCAUGACAGAAAAGCGACAGUCCUUAAGCCACGCCCCUUACCCCCUCAAUCAGCUUGUGAUUGGCUGAGCUGUCAGCAACAGUAUGCCUCCUCUCCCCCCUCCCCUCGCUGACAGCCCGGUGGGGUCCAGCCAGUACCACACUCGCAGACAGUCAUCAUUUUGACUGACUGGAUCAGGACGGCCCAGUUCGCCACUCACUGCUCAGGUUCUGACCCAGACCGGGAGCCAGGCGACCUCCUUUCAGCAGCGACUCCUCCCAAGUGGCUUCUCUGGAGGGCAGGCAAACUUCCGGUUUCUAUCAUGAAAAAUCCCGCGGAGCCAAGCAGAGACGGACUGGACCAGUAGAAGGAAGAUGAACGGAACCCGAAGACUGGACCACAGAUAGACCUCCAGCCCCACAAAGCCCCACAUCCAGCCACAGCCCACCUGCUCACUUUUGGGAUGGUUGUCAUCAUCUGACAAAGGAGCACAGCACCAUCAGCACCAUCAGCAUCCUCUAUGAGAGCACCUUCUCCUCCUGCACCAGCGCAGCAUCCCGGCCUCUGACUCGCCUUUUCCGGCUGCCGAGGGUCUGCCGUUGGGGGGCAGCCGACUGCCGUCCAAGACGCCGCGAGCCGUACUCCGCGUGAAGAAUGCCCAGCCGCGCUUGGCCAAGCCGGCCGACCCGGGCCCGGCGGCGGGCCUCUACAUGGAGCGCUCCCAGAGCCGCAUCAGCCUGUCCGCGUCCUUCGAGGCGCUUGCCAUCUAUUUCCCGUGCAUGAACUCCUUCGACGAGGACGAUGGCGUGGAUAACGAGGGUAGGAAGCUGAAGGGCGCCAUCCAGAGGAGCACGGAGACCGGUCUGGCCGUAGAGAUGCCCAGCAGGACGGUCCGCCAGGCCAGUCACGAGUCCAUCGAGGACAGCAUGAACAGCUACGGCUCGGAGGGCAACCUCAACUACAGCGGCGUGUGUCUGGCAUCCGACGCCCAGUUCAGCGACUUCCUGGACGGGAUGGGACCGGCCCAGUUUGUCGGCCGGCAGACACUGGCCACAACAUCCAUGGGUGACGUGGAGAUUGGCCUGAUGGAGAGGAAUGGCAGUUUGGAGGUGGAGGUGGUCCAAGCCAGAGGACUCAUCAUGAAAGCCGGUUCUAAAGGACCUCCAGCGGCCUACAUUAAAGUUUACCUCCUGGAGAACGGCAAGUGUGUGGCCAAGAAGAAGACCAAGUCCGUGAGGAAAUCUCUGGACCCCCUCUACAACCAGGUCCUGGUCUUCUCCGAAAGCCCACAGGGGAAGGUGGUCCAGCUGAUAGUGUGGGGCAACUACGGACGCAUGGAGCGCAAAUGCUUCAUGGGCGUGGCCCGCAUCCUCUUGGAGGAGCUGGACCUGAGCUCCAUGGUGAUUGGCUGGUACAAGCUCUUCCCUACCUCGUCCAUGGUGGAGCCCACUAUGGCACCGCUCAUUCGCCACUCGUCACAGAUGUCUCUGGAGAGCGCCAUGGGGCCGUGUUGCGAGCGCCCCUGAGGACGACGACCCACGGGUCACCUUUAUGUCCACCCGGGGCCAGCCCGCCCGGGUCCGCACUGGGCCGUCUCUGAAGAAGACGGCUUGUGGACACAUUCGGGACUGAGGUACCGUCGGAGGCUAAACUUUGGAUGUGAUUUUCUCUCUCGGGACCACUUUGAUGAGGACGCUGUUUGGACCGACAGAACGCUGCGGGCUCAGCUCUGCUUCUUCCAUGGGGACCACCCGAGACACUCGCUGUUGUCUUUUAGCUCCCACGGUGUGUGUGUGUGUGUCUGGACGCUCUGGACAUAAGCUGCAGUUUUGUUUUCCUUCUUCAAACCGUGCAAUGUUUCACCGUCAAAUUGGCUUUGGAGCAACGUCCUAGAAACGGACCUUUGCAGUCACAAGCGUGUCCAGUGGUACCUCGGUUUUUGUCAUGAAUUCACUCCAAAACAGACAAAAACCACAACAGUGUACAAUAUUUCAAGACCUUUAUUACUGGGGCGUACGAGACCCCAGAUUUGAUUGCAUCGCCACAUUUUGAGCGUGUUUAUCUACACCUCACCCCAAAAAGACCUUACAAAAAUUGUAUCCUUUCCACGUAGGUGUGUUCAAAGUGCGGCCCACAGCGCAUUUUACAGAUAUAAUUCAACCCUCCGCAUUAAAAUAUUACACAGAAAACAAACAGGCAUCCAAAAUUGAACCUACAAACCAAUAUAGCCGACUGUUAUGAUGGACAUGUGAAUUACAUUUCCUGUCAAGCAAAAACCGCUGGCUGGUAUUUUCGGUUUGGGUCCUGCAAUGUGUACAUUUUCACAAGGAUGCACAUUACUAAGUUUCUAGUAUAUUAAAGCCAUCGGAAAUCAAUGUGAAUGUGAAUGUGGUGCCUUGGUUUUUGUUAUUAAUUGGUUCCAAAAUGCCCUUCAUUAGGCUGCACGGCUAACAAAAUGCUAACAAAAACCGAGGUACCACUGUAUAGACAUACGUAAACACUACCAGUCAAACGUUUGGUGACACUUUCUCAUGGAAUAACAUGGUCGAGUGACUUCGCAUUUUGUUUGUUCUUAUUUUGUAUGCCGACAAAAACAUUUUAACCUACGUAAACACAUUUUAUAGCCAAAUUUUGGAGACACGAAUAACAUGGUAAAGUGUCUCCAAACUUUGGACUGGCGGGUUAUAAAAGGUAAUACCUUUUUGAUUAAAUGUUUUUGUAAGUGUACAAAACAAGAAACAAAAUUCCUUGACAAUAUUGCGAGAUUAAAGUCAUAUUUUUGACUCAGCGUAACUUUAACUCAAGCCUAUUACUGGAUAAUAUUUAGCUAUUUAUGGCGCUAAGUUAGCAACCCAACUGAGCUUCUUUCUGCUUUUUGGGACUUAUUUCAACUUUACUCAUAAAAUGACAAACUUAGUCCGAUAAAACUAACCUCCAAAUGUCACUCCAACGUGACCGCAUCAGCUACGUGUAACUUUUUUUAAGAAAAACAAGAAUUGUCGUUUGAAUGGAAAGUUAGUGCAAGUGUUCUUACUUCCUGGUUGUUGGCCCCGCCUUCUAAAAGUUGCCCCUUCACAUUAUCACGUCUGUCAAUCAAUGUGACGCUUCAAUGCUCAUUUUGGGGUUUUGGACAUGCCAAGCCCAUGUCUGGCCCGCACUAGCCACCGAGCAAAAAGCUGGAGCUGCCAACUCGAUGUGCAGCGCGACUUUGUGAGGUGAGGCUCACCAGCGUCCCACCUAGCAUCCCGUACACCUGUCCCCCUGCCCUGCUGCAGUCAAAGGCAUUAAACGUGUUGGUGUCGUUUGCGUUCCUUUUGUCCCGUGUCGUUAUGUCGAGACGAAAAUGUGUGGGGAGUCCUGUCGCGUAUUUGUACAUGUUGUCUUUUCAGCUUUGGCUAACUGCUAACAGCUGUUAUUGUGCCAACUUUGACCAGCGAGUGUCUUUCUCCUUCCUUGUCAUCACUUCAACACAACGCGACGUGUCGUCGUGGGUGACGAAUGCAAACGCAGCUAGCUGUUAGCAGUCGUGGUGGUGUGGGGGAGGGGUGUUAUUUAAUUUGGGCACUUUAUGAUUCUUAAACUCUUUUAUUUGUGUAAAUAUUGACGUUGUUAGCCAAAGGGUUGAGCUCAGGGGUGUCCAAAGUGCGGCGUGGGGUCUGUUUUUUGUAGGCCCCAUAUUUGGCGUACAGUAAUCCCUUGCCAUUAGUCGCAUAUUUAACCACAUUGUUUGUAUUAUUUGCCUAAAUGAAGCAUUUUUAUGCAUAAAAAUGGCUAAAUGAAGUAAAAUCCAAAUACAAGGCAUUCAUAAGAGGCAUUCUUGUAGUAUUCUGCACUGGUCACUAGGUGUCAGUCAUGUUACAUGGAUGAGACAAUAGCCACCACAGGAAGUAUUACACAGAACUGGAAUUAAAAAAGUGAAAAAGGGACAUUCCCAAUGUUAACAUGAAUCUCACGUAUGUCUUAUAAUGUAUAUCUAGAAAGUUGUAAACAUGUUUUCUAUGCUCAAAGUAUGAAAAUAUUCCAUUCAUAAAUAAGGAAUCCUAAUUUGCAUAAAUUCAUGUAUUACGGUCUGGUCUGGAACCGACUAACCGCUAUGAAUGAGGGAUUACUGUAACACAAAGCUAAGAUGCGGAUGAGGAAAAAGUUUGGACACCCCUGGUUUAUGCUUGACGGACGAGGACGGGCAGGAAACAAUGAUAUUUGUAGCGUUAGCGCUAGCACCUGCAUGCCCGACGAAAACGGUCACUAAGGCCCAGCAUGAGCGCAAAGCUGCAUGUGACGACGGCGGCGACGACGACGACGAGCUCAAUGGGAAACACGAUGUAGCGUUCAUCUUUUAGCGUUCAAAUUUCAAACCGUUUUUCCGUUUUUUUGGAAGCUAGACUUCAGGACACACACGCCAUCGAAUGAAAUUAGAAAUAUUUGAAAAGCGUUUAGGCCUCAGGUUUGCCGGUAGCAGCACUGCAGGGAAAUAAUAAUAAUAACAAUUAUUACUCUUAUGAUUCUAUUUUUUACAAAGCUACAUUGUGUAAAGCAAUAAACUCAAAGCUGCAGUCGGGGCAGUUUUUUAAAGAGUCGCCAUCGAAAAAAAACACGCUAGCUUGUUCAGUGUCGACGCACAUGAAAAUCUCUUAACUGACUUUUGCAAAAAUGUUCUUGUACAACUACGCUGUAUCACAACUGUUUCUAAUAUUUUCAACCUCUCACGUAGCUAAAUAAGGUCACCGAAAUAUUAGAAACACAAUAAUAAAUGUAUUGUUAUGUUAUGUGUCAUCAUCGAAGCCUGUUGUCAUUGCUAAAUACACUGCAGAUGUAUUAUCAUGGGAUAGAAUAUAUUUAUUUCGAUGACUUUUUCAUGUAAGCCGUGGAGUGGCUACGGCUACAAAUGCAAGCUGGAGUAGAAAUAUUUCAUAUUUAAUACAAACCAAGCAGCCGAGGAAGUGUCAGUGUUUCUUUCUGAAUGUUUUUCGGUGCCAAAAACUUUGUUUGCAGGGCUAACUGAGAAUCACUGAGUUUACAAACUCGUCCAAAACGGCAGAUGAAUGACUUUCAAGUCACCUUGGGUCGCCGUUAGCGGCUAGCCUAGCUUAGGGGUAAAGUGUGGUGGCUGUGUCUCUCACAUGGAAUACUUCCCUCAGUACACUUCAAUAAGUAUACUGUGGCUGUGCUUCGAUUUUGUGCACUUCCGCACUUACACUUAGCAUUUUGAGUGUGAAAGUGUGGCAAAACGCAGUGCACUCAAAACAUUGCAAAUGGUGAGCGCAAUGAUGCACACUAAUGAUCAAUAGUCUCAAUAGUCGCCAUCUUGGUUACGUGGCGGAAGGGAGAGGUACUAAUUUCAGUGGUUGAAAUUCACAAUUAAAAAGGAGAGUAAGCAUAUAAAUGUUGGGAUCAUCAUUAGUGGAUUUGGGACGGCACUACAUCGUCCAAAUUUGCGCCCUCAGGAACAGCAGUGUACAUAGUAAACUUAUUGUUAGCAAGUGCGCAAUUCGAAAUGUGUCUUAAAUAGAUUACUUACGUCAAUACACUUCGACAAGUAUACCGUCGCUGUGUUUCAUUUUGCAUACUCGAGUAAGUGUGCUCACGCUGAGUCACGCGGCAAAGUACAGUGCACUCGACACACCACCAACACUCCCAGUGUGUAGCUACGUAGCAGGAAGGGGCGGGACUAACUUGAGUGGUUGCAGUUCACAAUUAAAAAGGUAGAUGACUAUUGGGAUCAUCAUCGACAAUAAUGGAUUUUGAACAGCACCGCACUGUCAAAAUUUGCGCCCUCAGGAACUAAGUAUGUAGUGUCCACAUUAUACUUAUUGAAGUGUAAGUAGGGAAGUACGUGUAUUUAAACAUACUAUGUCUCAAAUGGAAAAUGUCCGUCAGUACACUUUGGUAAGUAUACUGUGGCUGUGUUUCAUUUUAUGCAUUUUAGUGCAUAAGUGCAAAAUGUACUCGUCAUGUCCUAAAUAGUGAGUGUACACCCUGGAUUAUUACCACCGUCAAUAGUCGCCAUCUCGGCUACAGAGUGGAAAGGACUAACUUGAGUGGGUGCAAUUCACAAAUACAAAUAUUGGGAUCCUCAUUCUGGUGAUCAACGACAGAAGUGGAUUUGGAAGGGCACUGCACUCUCCACACUGGCGCACUAAGGAACUACUAAGUACGCAGUGUGGACAUUAUACUUAAGUGUAAGUCAGCAAACACGUAUUAAACAGCCUGUGUCUCAAAUUGAAUAUUUCAGUCAGUGCACUUAAAUAAGUAAACCGUAUGGCCUCGGUGGCACGGUGUUCUAGUGGUUAGCGCACAGACCUCACAGCUAGGAGACCAGGGUUCAAUUCCACACUGUGUGGAGUUUGCAUGUUCUCCCCGUGCAUGCGUGGGUUUUCUCCGGGUACUCCGGUUUCCUCCCACAUUCCAAAAACAUGCUAGGUUAAUUGGCCACUCCAAAUUGUCCAUAGGUAUGAAUGUGAGUGUGAAUGGUUGUUUGUCUAUAUGUGCCCUGUGAUUGGCUGGCCACCAGUCCAGGGUGUACCCCGCCUCUCGCCCCAAGACAGCUGGGAUAGGCUCCAGUACCCCCCGUGACCUUUGUCACGCGGUAGAAAAGAAAUGAAUGAAUGAAUGUAUGGCCU